CCGGUCGAACUUCUGCUCCAGUCUUUUCUGAGACCUGCCCUUGGCCCAUUGCCUCUUGUUGGUGUCUGCUCCGAUCGAAGCCGCCGUCAAACAAAGUCGUCAGCACCGCCCAGCCUGUCGUCCGUUUCUGACGCGUGAGACAAGCUGAUAGCCAUCUCGACUGCUGUCGUCACUUGUCACAAUCCAUUGUCGCACUUCGGUACAACAGCAGCGAGCACGCAAACACGCACCGUCAAGCCUUCUUCUGACAUCAAUCUCGAUCACUGACCUCCAUACAAGUACGAAUUAAUACUCCUCUACACACGCAGAGACACACACCCCCCGGGCUUGCUGACUCCUAUCUGGAAGUCUCCUCCGGCACUCCCUUCCUCGAACCUCGCAUUUUAUCUUAUCCACGGGAUUUUUCUUUCGCCUGAAACCAAUUUUCGCAUCCAGGAAUUUUUUUUCCCUCUGCACACUGCCUUCUCUCGCCUCCUCCAUACACCCCUGUCCAUAUUCCGAAACAACCCACGCGAACCAUUCGGCCGGUACCAUCGUCAAUCCUCCACCCCACUUCGCCGUCUACCACAGCAGACUUUUGGCCGACAAUCCCCCACCUCCUACCCACGAAACGUCGCGCGACGAUAUUUUGCGCCAGACUCUUGCACCCAUGAGCUCGAUACAAUACAACCACCUUCUCCUACCCUCCCGGUGACCUUGGCUGUAAGGGAGAUUUGGAGCGAGAGAUUUCCGCGACCACGCCUCCCCCACGAUAAGCUCAAAGCACCAACCAUGUACAAGAACUCGGCCCAGAUGAAUCACUACAUGUCCAGGAGUGGGCUCCCAUCUCCGGAUAAUACCAACACCAGCGAUUCAGAGGCGGAUAUUGCCGACAUACUCGACCGCAAAAGGCGAGAGUUGGACGAGGAAGUCGCAAAAUUCAAGGCCACGAAAGAUCGAGAGUUUCGCGAGUUUGAGAGGGAUUUGAGAUCCCGAAGGAGGAAUCAAGGUUAUGACAUUUCGCCCAGCAAGAGAUCCGUGUCUGGGAACACUUCCCCGUUAAGUUUAUUAUGCUCGACACACAAUGUCGUGGGGAACGGCUGGACAGCAGGACAAAAGUCGAAAAGAGAAGGAAACGGCGUGGGCGAGAAAAUCAUAAAGGCCGCGCCACUGAGCAAACCCACCUUGUCGCUGGACAAGUUGAAUAUCACGGCUGGAAGCGUGCCACCCACGCAUAGCUUGAGUACACCACCGACGCCGUCGUUUUUCCCCAGUCGAUCACCGUCGGACGGAUCAUCGGCGACAAUCACCCCUCCGCGACUACAGUCAACGAACAAGCGGCCACCAACACCGGGAGUUGAGAAGAACGACAGUUUCGCCGGCGUGUUCAUCCCGGCGUACCUCCCUCUUCUCGAAUCUCAAGACCGGCGUCCAUCCGUGCGAGGGCCACAGGCCUUGACCUCGGAUGAAGAGGAGAAGAAACAAGUCCAGCUCAACGAUGAGAUCAAGCUUGAAGCUGAGCGGCAGCGAGCCGCGCUCGUCGAGUCGUCCCACAGCCUACCGGAACAGCCUGUAUCGCCGACGGUGUUGGCCACGAAACGGACGCGGUCGGCACCGCAGAUGGGUUCUAGUGCCGGCGCAAGUGUCGGAGCGAGUCUGCCUAGCGCGUUGCGCACGGCGAGUGGUGGACACAGGGGGCACAAGCAUAAGAAGAAGCACGUCACGUUCCAGCUGGCGGAUUCCAAGGUGGUCGAGCCGAGCAGUAGUUAUGAAGAAAGUCCCGUGAGCGCGGGCAGCCCAAGUGGAAGUUCGGGUUCGACAGCCACCUUGACUUUUCAGCAAACAGUCGAGGAUGUGGAUGCCGAGCUGGAUAUCGCUCCUAACUUUGGCGUCAACGGCGAUGGUCAUCGUCACGAGCCUGACGCACAACCUUCAGAAGAACAACAAACUUCCCCCCGGAGUGCAGGUGGAAGCGGAAGUGCCAACUCGAAAAAGAGCGCGAGCCUACGAGAACGGAGGCGAGGAAAAGGAGGACGAUUCCUCUCGCCCAUGCCGAGUCCGUUACCUAGUCCCGCGCCCAGUCCGACGAUCGCAGCGGACAAUGACAAUUCACUCCUCGCUUCGGCAGAAGAAAGUGGGUUUUCGGGUGGACUGACUGGUGCGGACGACGGCGGCAGCGGUGUUGGAUUCUUCGAGCUCGACGAAGAACUGGCCAGUCCCGGGUUGAGAGAAAAGUCCAUGGAGUUGGAACUUGGCAUUGACUCGCAAGUGGGAGGUAGUGAUGGGGAAGGGCGAAGACGAAGACGAGAAGACGGUGGCGGCGGCGACGAUGAGAGCACGAACAAGAUGACGACGGGGAGUUUCACCUCUGGGAGUGUGCCGAUUGAUAUCAUCCGACCGACCGGGACCAUUACUCCCAGUUGGGUUGGUAGUUUCGGUCAUUGAUUGACCUUGCGAGCCACGAAGAAGAAGCAAGAGGUACGAAGUUCUACAUGAAUGAGGCAUACGGCGGAAAUUUUUGUGUUUUGUGCUUUUUGUUACUCGGGUGGAAAAGCAUUUGGUUUUAUUUCUGCUCAACGGGCAUAUGUUUUGUUGUUGUGUUGUUCUAUGGGUACGGUACGGUUCGUUGGGAACAAAAAAGAAAGAAAGAGGUUGGCCGGCUUUUGUGAGCGAAUUUUUUUGGUUCUUUACAUGGAAAUGCAUUUUGCAUUCGCACAGGUAGAGAGAGGCACGCGGCAUUGAGGAGACACGAGGAUGCUGGCCGUUACGGUACCACCAUCUACCAAAGAGGAUGGAUUGAGAUUUAGAGAUGGUCUUUUUUCCCCACUACUCUUGAUAAGAGAAGAGACGCUUUGCGAGGAAAAGGAAAUGGAAAAAAAAAGGACUAGAAAACUUGUCCUCGACCACCCAGUACCUAGGUAGCAAUCGAGAUUCGACGAUGUGGCCCGGUGUACAUGCACCACGAGUACAAUGUUUGACAGUUUUUGACUUUGGCCCCGUCAUGUCUCAGGUCGAGGUACUCCGUAUAUAGGUUGGGAGGUCGUGUGAGAUGGUUCGAUUCCAUAUCCGUAUCAACGGAGAAGCCGUACCGGAGGCGCUUCCACUGUAAGCAGAACAGAAAAGAAAUGAAGAAUCAUCUGGUGGGGGGACAUAUCUACAGUGACCGCACACAUGUUACAAUGUGUCUGUAACAGCAUGGUUUGUUGACUUCAGUUUGUAUACCAAAGGUCGGUAAGGUACUUGUACAAUUCUGGUGCUUUUUUCUUAGCUACCUUGACGGUCUAGUUGAAUGUGGU